CCACGAUGAGAGGAACAGAGACACAGAUGUACAGCUGCUGCUUUAAUUUCCUAUUAGGGAGACCAGAUGAGUGAAGGCAAAGCAAGAUGGUAUGAUAUGAUAGUACUUGGGAAAGAACAAUAAUAGUAAAACUGUAAAAUUUAAAGCAAUACUAGAAAAAUCUACAAACUUCUGUUUCAGGCCAAGAAGUUCUGGAGCAGAAACAUUUCAGAAAAAUUGCCUCUGUUUGAAUAGAGUGUCAGAAAAUUGGAAGCACCUUUCCUAAAGAAACCAAGAAAAUUUGAAGCACUUUCCCUAAAGAAAAUCCGGGUAUACAGUAACUUCACAGACUCAGCUGGUUGUUUUUUGUUUUUUACCCAAAUUGUCACUGGAUUCUGCUGCCUGAUACUUGAACCUGUUUGGAAUUUUUCUCAUGUGGAUCUAAGGGGAAUGCUUUAUUAUGGCUGCUGUUGUCCAACAGAACGACCUAGUAUUUGAGUUUGCUAGUAACGUCAUGGAGGAUGAGCAACAGCUGCCCAGUAAUUCUCAUGUACUGUUUGGGAACCACUACUCAUUGUGACAGAGGUAAGCCCAGAGUGCUGCGGAUACAGAAAAUGGAGCCUUUGAUUGCAUUGCAACUGAGAGAAAGCUUCACCCUGAGUAGAAUUGCUGGGUUACCUGGUAAUUCUAUGUUCAACCUUUUAAAGAACUGCCAGGCUAUUUUUCAAAGCAGCCAUUUUACAGUUCCACCAGCAAGCUUGGUGAUCCAGCUAUUUUUCCUGCCGUAAUUGUGGAACAUGUUCCUGGUGCUGAUAUUCUCAAUAGUUAUGCGGGUCUAGCCUGUGUGGAAGAGCCCAAUGACAUGAUUACUGAGAGUUCCCUGGAUGUUGCCGAAGAAGAAAUCAUAGAUGAUGAUGAUGAAAACAUCACCCUUACAGUUGAAGCUUCCUGUCAUAAUGGUGAUGAAACAAUUGAAACUAUCGAGGCUGCUGAGGCACUCCUCAAUAUGGAUUCUCCUGGCCCUAUGCUGGAUGAAAAACGAAUAAAUAAUAAUAUUUUUAGUUCACCCGAAGAUGACAUUGUUGUUGCCCCAAUCACCCAUGUAUCCGUCACAUUAGAUGGGAUUCCUGAAGUGAUGGAAGCUCAGCAGGUUCAAGAAACAUAUGCACACUCACCGGGAGCCUCCUCACCAGAACAGCCUAAAAGAAAGAAAGGGAGGAAAACUAAACCGCCACGACCAGAUUCCCCAGCCACUACACCAAACAUAUCUGUGAAGAAAAAAAACAAAGAUGGGAAGGGAAACACAAUUUAUCUUUGGGAGUUUUUACUGGCACUGCUCCAGGAUAAAGCUACUUGUCCUAAAUAUAUCAAAUGGACCCAGAGAGAAAAAGGCAUUUUUAAAUUGGUAGAUUCUAAAGCAGUAUCCAGGUUGUGGGGGAAGCACAAAAACAAACCUGAUAUGAAUUAUGAGACCAUGGGAAGAGCUCUCAGGUACUAUUACCAGAGGGGUAUUCUGGCAAAAGUAGAAGGUCAGCGCUUGGUAUAUCAGUUUAAGGAAAUGCCAAAAGAUCUUAUUUAUAUAGAUGAUGAAGAUCCAAGUUCCAACAUAGAGUCUUCAGAUCCAUCACUGUCAGCAACAACCACUUCAAGCAGGAACCAAGCAGGCCGAUCAAGAGUAUCUUCAAAUCCUGGGAUAAAAGGAGGAGCCACUACAGUUCUAAAACCAGGGAAUACUAAAGCUACUAAAACCAAAGAUCCUGUGGAAGUUGCACAGCCGUCAGAGGUUCUGAGGACAGUGCAGCCCACUCAGUCUCCAUAUCCUACCCAGCUCUUCCGGACUGUCCACGUAGUACAGCCAGUACAAGCUGUCCCAGAAGGAGAAGCAGCCGUACUCAGUUGCGUGCAGGAUGAAACAUUAAAUUCUCCCGUUCAGAGUAUUAGGACUAUUCAGGCUCCAACCCAAGUUCCAGUGGUUGUGUCUCCUGGGAAUCAACAUUUGCAUACAGUAACACUCCAGACAGUGCCAAUCACAACAGUUAUAGCCAGCACAGAUCCAUCGUCAGGUGCUGGGUCUCAAAAGUUUAUUUUACAAGCCAUUCCAUCAUCACAGCCCAUGACAGUACUGAAGGAAAAUGUCGUGUUACAGUCUCAGAAGACGGGCUCUCCUCCUUCAAUUGUCUUGAGCCCUGCCCAUAUACAGCAGGUUCUUACUAGCAAUGUUCAGUCCAUUUGCAAUGGAACCGUCAGUGUGGCUUCAUCUCCAUCCUUCAGUGCUACUACACCUGUGGUGACCUUUUCUCCUCGCAGUUCACAACUGGUUGCCCACCCGCCUGGCACUGUGAUCACUUCAGUUAUCAAAGCUCAAGAAACAAAAACUCUUAUGCAAGAAGUAGAGAAAAAGGAAGUUGAAGAUAAUUUAAAAGAAGACACUGAGAAAACUGAGCAACAGCCACAGCCUUAUGUGAUGGUGGUUUCCAAUGCCAAUGGAUUUACCUCUCAGGUAGCUAUGAAACAAAAUGAACUGCUGGAACCCAACUCUUUUUAAUUAAAAUACCAAAAGAAUUAUGGAUGAUUGUUUUUUAAUUGAACAUUUCCAAUUGAAUGCAAACUGGUUCUAAGACAAAUUCUAAAGACGUCCCUAAUUUUGUAGUUUUUAAAAUUAAUAGUUAAUUUUGACUGUUAGAUGAGGGAGGAAAAACCAAAGUGUUUCUCUUUGUUCUCCAAAUGUUUUAGAAUUCAGUUGUGAAGGAACAGGCAUUUUAUACUAUGAAGACAUUCUUUUGAGAUUUUUUUCAGUUGCUAUAUCAUAAGCAUUUUUAAAGUUUCUUUUUAAAUUGUAUUAUCUUUUCUGAUUCUUUUGUAAAUUCAGUACUUAAAUAGAAGACAACAGGAAACUUAUAUAGGAACUAUUUUCAUUCCACUUGUGUAAGUUAAGCCUUCACUCUUUCAAAUGCAAGACACAUAUUUUAUGCUUUGUUAAAAUUAUUAUUUCACUAGAUCGACUUUUAGUUGGUGACACUGCAUAUUGGACUAUGAAUAUGUAAAAUAUAAUAUUAAAAAUUGAAAUGUGCACAUGAUGCUGGCUGAACCUGUUUCAGAAGUAGGGCAGUACAAAAAGCAUCAGCCUAAGAGUGGCUCUCCUAAAUGGUUUUGUAACCUUGGGCAAGCCUUUCGUUCUUUUUGGGCUUCAGCUCUCCUCAUAAAAGGAAAGAAUGUACUUGGAUUAAACUAGAUGAUCUUCAUUUUCAUUUCUAGUUCUAAAUUUUAUGAUUCCAACUCCUAUUUUUAGAAUUAUAUUUUAGAAUUAUUAUCAAUUAAAACAUCAGUUUAUUUUCUCAUUUAAGUAUAGCAAAAAUACUGCAGAAAAGUAAGUGACCCCAUAAAUUCAUUCUUCUAUUAUCUGUAAGAUUACUAUGAACCUGAAUUCUUUCUAAAUACUUUGUUCAUUAACUCUUUAGUCCCCUGUGCACUGUGGUCAAUUAGUAAACUUACACUGCGGAGUACUAAAUGAUACGCAAUUGUUCUGAAAGAGUCAUGACUCUUUCUUAAGGGUUCAGAAAGCAACCAAGCCUUGGGUUAAUCUGUUUAAGUAGUCAGUUGCUAUAAAAGCAUAAUUGCUUUAUAUUUUGGAUCUCUUUUUUAUGGGGGGGGGGAUUGCAUACAAAGAUAAUAUACAUGUAUAUCCAAGUUUCUGAAAUGAUUUUCAGAUUACUUUUUCAACUGUAAAUAAUGUACAUUUAAUUUCACAGGAAAAAUUGUUUUUGCAAAUUUUCUAGUAUAGGAAAGAAAUUUUUGUAGAUGAGAAAAUCAUUUUGUUUAGAGGUCUAAUGUUAUAUGUUUUCAUAUUACAGAGUGAAUUUGUAUUUAAACAAAAAUUUAAAUUUUGGAAUCCUCUAAACACUUUUGUAUCUUUAAUUGGUUUAUUAUUAAAUAAAUCAUGUAAAAAUUCUCAGUGUUUGUGUUUUCAAGCAAAUGUUUUGUAAGAACAAAUAUACAGAAAGUGUUGCUAGUAUUUACAGUGUUAGUAAAUGCUUAUAUAACAAACUCCAUUAGUCAGAACUGCA